GGAAAAAAGUUUGGAGGCAACAGUCGAAGAUGUGAGAGGAAAGUUAGUCAAGGAAAAACAGCCCCAGAAGAAAAAGGAGAGGAUAAGAAUACGGGACUGCAGAAACUACUGGAAGUUUUUCGGAGAUAAAACAGAUAAAUAGCUGAUCGAUAUUGCGAUUUUUAAAAUCAUUUUAUUGAGUUUCACUUCUUAUCGUAUGUUACCCUGCGAUCUAAAUAAGUUUUCUGCAAUCAAUAUCUUUUCUGAAGACCAAUUCCCUCAUACCUUGAAUUUAACAUGACGGACUACAAACUUAUGAACUUGAUAUAAACCAGUGUUUCUUUUAUUAUGAACUGAGGGCGGGGAUAUUGGGAAUAAAAAAAAAACUGGUUUUGAAACUGGCUUCUAAGCGCAGACCUGUAAACAAUUUAUUGAAUAAUCCGAGGUGCGCCUGUGAAGUUACUGAAGUUAGCCCUGGUCCCGGUCUGGCCACUCGGGGAUGCGCUGAUGCGGAUCCGGCACAGGCGAGAAGAGCGCUGUACGAAAGCAACUUUCCACUCGACCAGGAACUCGGGAAAGCAACAUGGGUUAUAUGAACGGUUCCUUGCUGCUGGCGACGUUCCUUCUGAUGUGUCCAGUUGCCGCAAAUACCCUGCUUGGGCCAUGGUUUGUCCAGGAUCCCGCCAAUUUGACGCUCGCCCUGGGCAAGGCAGCGCAGCUGCAGUGCCGGCUGGAGAUGGUAGGGGGUGACAGGGAGCUGCCGGACGUGGUGUGGCAGAAAGACGGUAUGGCUUUGGACACCACCGACACGAGCCAGGUGGAGAUCCCCAUCACCGAGGAGAAGUGGCAGAUUAUCAGCAAUCUAAACAUCGAGAGCACCCAAGUGCUGGACAUGGGGGACUAUCGCUGUGUGGUGACCAUUGAGGGACGGCAGGUCAUGUCACAGCAGGGCUACAUCCAGCUGGAAGGCCUUCCUCACUUUUCCACGGAGCCCCAAGACAUGACAGUGAUGGCGAACAUCAGCUUCAGUCUGCACUGCGUAGCCCAUGGGCCACCAGAGCCAGUCCGGGUCAUUUGGUUGCAGGACGGGGUGCCAGUAAAUUCUCUGAUGGACCCCAUGUCCCUGUCGCCCUCCACGCUCACCCUAACAGGACUCAACAAAACCAGCACAUUCUCCUGCGAGGCUCAUAACUACAAAGGGGUCGCCACUUCAGGUUCAGGCCUUGUGACAGUCAUACCAUCCCAGCCUCGGAAAGUGCACACCACUCAGGUUACCAACACCAGCUUACAUGUAUCCUGGCAGCCCAGCUUUGGAGGGGUCCAUCCCAUCACAGAGUGCUCAGUCCAGGUCGUGCCCUUUGAACCUGCCCUCAACACACUACCCAGCUCUACCGGCUAUCAGCAGGAUGUGAGUGACACGCCCUCCAGUCAUGUGAUCUCGGACCUGGAGCCGCUGACGGCAUACGGAGUGCGGGUGGCUUGCCGCAGUAGUCAGGGGCAGUCUCCCUGGACGGACUGGGUCACGCUGAGCACUGCAGAAGGGGUGCCGGACUCUGCCCCGGAGAAUAUAACCGCCAUACUGAACGGCACCGACGUGGUGGUGAGCUGGGCGGAGCCAACGGGCAAGCUGAAUGGACGCCUAUUGGGAUACCAGCUGGAGUACAGGACCCCAGAGAUGAACCAGAUCGUCCUGGAUGUGGGGCUGUACCACGAGCUGCCCAUCAAUCUGUCAUCCCCCCUGUCCAACGUGUCAUUCCGGGUGUGUGCGUACACGGCGGCCGGCCCGGGCCCCUGGAGCGACCUGCGCACGCUCACCCUCACACAGCCAGCGAUGGGCGAGUCCAGAGGCUUGUCCUCUUCAUCAACCCCCUCCUGGCAGUGGUGGUAUGUCGUCAUGGCGAUUGGCAUUACCGUGGCGCUGGCAGUGCUGGCGGCAGUCUACGUGACUAGACUGCGGCGGAAGGAGACGCGAUUCGGGGAGGCGUUCGAGCCCAUGAUGGAGCGAGGACAGCUGGUGGUGCGCUAUCAGGCCCGUCGAACCUACAGCCGCAGGAGUAAUGAAGCCACACUGAACCGCCUUGGCAUCAGUGAGGAACUGAAGCAGAAACUGCAGGACGUGAUGGUGGACAGGCACAAGCUCACCUUGGGCAAGACCCUAGGCGAGGGAGAGUUUGGGUCUGUUAUGGAGGGCCUGCUUACUCAGGAGGAGUCUGUGCUCCGGGUGGCCGUGAAGACCAUGAAGAUUGCCAUCUGCACCCGUACUGAAAUGGAGGACUUCCUCCGAGAGGCCGCCUGCAUGAAGGAGUUUGACCACCCCAACAUCAUGCGGCUCUUGGGUGUGUGUCUGCAGACAGUGGAGGGUGAAGGAUACCCAUCUCCAGUGGUCAUCCUGCCCUACAUGAAACACGGAGAUCUCCACAGCUACCUUCUCUACUCCCGGCUAGGGGACUGCCCUGUGUUUCUUCCAUCUCAGAUGCUGGUGAAGUUCAUGACCGACAUCGCGCGGGGAAUGGAGUACCUGAGCAGCCGAAACUUCAUCCACCGCGAUCUGGCGGCCAGGAACUGCAUGCUGAACGAGAACAUGACGGUGUGCGUGGCUGACUUUGGCCUGUCGAAGAAGAUAUACAACGGAGACUAUUACAGACAAGGCCGGAUCUCCAAGAUGCCCGUCAAGUGGAUCGCCAUCGAGAGCCUGGCUGACCGAGUGUACACCACCAAAAGCGACGUGUGGUCAUUUGGCGUGACUAUGUGGGAGAUCGCCACCAGGGGGCAGACACCCUACCCUGGUGUGGAGAACAGCGAGAUUUAUGACUACCUAAGACAGGGCAACCGCCUGAAACAGCCCCCAGACUGCCUGGAUAGCAUCUAUGCCCUCAUGUUCUCCUGCUGGCUCCUGAGCCCCAAGGAACGGCCCGGGUUCGAGUUCCUGCGCUGCGAGCUGGAGAAGACCCUGGAGGAGCUUCCAGAACUGCAGGACCCCGACGAGAUCCUCUAUGUGAACAUGGAGGAGGCCGCAUCCGAGCUGGGCGCGGUGGGUGGGAGGGAGCCCCCCCCAGUCCCCCUGCCGGUCUUCACUAAGGCCUCAGACCCCCUGAUGGCUGCUUCUGAGGUGCAGCAGCCUGGUCGUUAUGUCCUCUGCCCCCAGCUCGAAACGCAACGCUUCUUGUCCGACUCUGUAGAGAACCUGAGCCUGGCCACCUCUUCCUCCGCACCGGCUCUGCUCCUGCCGCCCGCAACGCCAUGUGUGCCGACCCCGACAGCGGAGGAGCUUGGGGAAUGUGACAGGCCAGGCAGGAAAGUCCCCUGGCAGUGAGACACCCUCCCAAACCCGUGGCCAGAAAGACUCAAUGGACAAACACACAGCUACACACUGCCCUAGAGGACAGAGUACUAAUUAGUUUCAGUCUGCACUAUGAUAACAUCAACUCCCUUCUCUUUGCAUAUCAUCAAGAGAAGGGAGUGUAUAUAACUGCAGAAAUAACUGAAAGCUACACUUGAAUUGGGACUGAUUUCUAUCGUCAGCAAGAGAAUUGAAGAUUUCUGAAAGAGGUUAAUGAGCACUGGCGUGGUCACUGGCCUCCUACCUUCAGAGAGGCUGCUUUGACCUCCCCCACCCCCCCCCCCCCAGGUCUGCAUGCUCCUUCAGCCGCUGGCUGGAGCACCUUGGAUCUUCUGCCACCACAAAGCAGAUCUUUUUUGGCUCUAAGGAGAAAUGAGAGCAGAAAUGAACAUUUACAGCACAUCAGAGUCAACUUGUACCAUGUCUGACAGGGCAGAGGAACUCAGCUUAGAGGUUAAUCUCCACAAGUCCUCAUCUGCUGAUCUCGGUGUUAUGGGGAAGACAACGGCCCCAGCCUGCAGGAGCAAACUGAACCUCCUCUGGAACCGGCAGUAGCACAAAUGCAGACCCAACACUGAAGUGCCAAGUGCUCAUGUCUGGGCUGUUUAAAGUCCAAUUUAGUGACUCAAGCACAGUUGCUAAUGAUUUUUGUUUUCAAAUAUAUUGCACUAAUAUUACUACACGUUGUUCAUGUAAUCAUAUUGUAUGUGUACCUCACCGUGCUUUUCUUAAUGUCAUGUUCAUCCUCAACUUGCCGGAAUCAAAACCAUCAUCAUAAUGAAACAAAGCAUCAAACUAUGCGCCGCUCGUCAAAAUCGGCGUAAGUGAUUUGCAGACCGGCCCCCGCCUGCUGCCCGUGGAUCACCCUCUGCUGUAACCUCACUUCCUUUUUCCAUCACUGAAUACUGUGGAGCAAUGUCGCCCCCUGAAGGGCAAAGUGAAAAUGCUCUUCUCUUUACCACGGGGUGAGGUCACACUCAGCAGUGCCUGCGGCAAUCCGGGACCUGUCAGCAGCAUGAGGAUCAGCCGGGGUUCCUCCCCCUGAAGACCGUAAGGCCCCAUUCCGCCUGGCAAUGUGAUGACCUUCAUCCUAUGUGUGAACAUCCCUUGACCCCUAAUUCCAGAUUAGUAACCGUCCUUAAUCAAAGCUUGAUUUCAACACUUGCUGGGCAGUUUUUAAAGGAUUUUUUUGUUUGUUUGAUUGACAGUCCAAAAAUAACACCUAUUUCCAAGUGAGGAAAAACUGAUGCCAGAGAACAGAAUGACACGGGUACAGUGUCGUCUGCAGGUGCACCAAGCGGCAAGAUUCCUUUUUAUCAUCAAGCGCAAGUGAUUCAUAGACUAAAGAUUAUGUAGUAUUUGUGUCUUUUCCAUGACUGGUACCAGGUUCAUUAUUUAAUAUUUUUGUAUAAUUUGGACAUACACAGGACAAUGCAGACAUCAUCAUCCUCAAGCAGGUUUUGAAAACAUGGCUGUGGUCGGCGUGCAGAUCUUCACCUACAAUGGUGGAUUUCCUACUUUGUAAAAGGGCUUUAACAUUUUCAAAGUAUGCCUUCUGAAAGCCGGGAUGUAGCAUUGAAAUAUCAACUUAAUGUCCAUAUUCAGUGUUAAUUCUUCCAUCGGACUGGGAGAGAGAAGAAUUCAGCUGAUGUUACUUUUUUUGUGGAGAUUUUUACAUGUGAAGCGUUGGUUUUUGUAUUAAAUAAAACACUUAAGAGUGACAAA